UUUCUCUAGCUAGUUUCUCUCCCUCUCUCUCUCUCUCUCUCUCUCUCUCUCUCUCUCUAAGGUGUUCUUCUUUCAUAGCUUGUUACCACCUUUUUUUUACUUUCUAAUCAUUUAGGAGCUAAAAAAAUGAGGCAUGCCAUGUCAUUUUUCUCUCUAACCUUGCUCCUGCUUCAAGUCACAAGAGUUCAUGGUAUUAGAUUACUAAAGCAAGAAGAGCACAUGGUCACAGUUCACAACAAAAUUCAUGAGGAGAGUUUGAAGGGAGGAGGAAGUGCCUUUGGAGAAGAGGAUUCUUGCAGGAAUGAUGGGCAUUGUUCAGUUAUCCUUUCAACUGUUGAUACAGGAAGGAGUAGGAAACUCAUUACACAGACAAUGACCACAUCAAAGAGUGAGAGGAGCAGCAACAAGGCGGUGACAGUCGACUACACCCCGCGAAGCGGCCACGACUCGAAGGAAAUCGCAGACCCAAACCGAGAGGACCUGCAUUCUGCCACGCCGGCCUCGCAGCCGUCAGCGACAUCGUCCUACCCCGACAUUCUAGACAUUGCUGGAAUGGACUAUUCUCCUGCAAAAAGAAAGCCUCCUAUCCACAACUGAAACUACCAGCUAAUAAGUGAAACAAGAGAUUUGAGAAAUUUUCUGUAUAUUAUUCAUCUAAAUCCAUUCUCUUAUAUAGAGAGAGGAAAAGCUUUACAUGGAAGUACAGGAUUAUAUCCUGUUAUACAAAGAAAUAAA